GUCACGACUGCGCAUAAUCUUUGUCAGGUUUUUGUCGCAAGAAAUCUGUUAUUUCAAAAAAAUGAAACAGAGGAUUUGCAAUCAAAAGGGCACGUUAUUAUGACUAUGACAAGUUGUCAACACAUAACUGAGUACAAGUCUAAAUAUGGAACCAACCAAUUUCGAAUAAUUCAUGCAUAUUUUAUCGCUGCUUCAUCGGACAGUGCAAGGCAAAGAAAGGGAAAGUCUGGGGUAUGUCACACCUGCCGCUUCCCAUCCUUCAGACUACAUGCUUGUCUGUACUGUGUAUUUUUUGGCUGUUACACAACCAAACACAUCCAUGAGCAUGCAUUCUCCAAGAAUCACAAUUUAGCUGCUGACAUGACAUAUGGGACAAUUUAUUGCUUUGAAUGUGGAGAUUAUGUUUAUGACAAAGAACUGGAAAGCAUUGCUCAUCUCCAAAAUGAGAAAGCUGCCAAAUCUUUAGGGUUGAAAACAUACAAUUUCAUAGCAUGGGAACCAACAGAUGUAGAGGUUGAAAUUCUUAGACAAAAUCCAAAGAGGAGAAAAGUAGAAAAUAAGUCAACUAUAGGAUUGAGAGGGCUAAUUAAUUUAGGAAAUACCUGUUUUAUGAACUGCAUUGUGCAAUCAUUGAUUCACACCCCGGUGCUACGUGACUUUUUCCUUGCUGAUAAGCACAAUUGUCAAAUGACCUCAGUAGAAGCUCAACAGUGCCUUGUUUGUGAGAUGGCAAGGCUUUUCCAAGAGUUUUAUUCUGGCAAUAGAACUCCUCAUAUUCCAUAUCGUCUAUUACAUUUGGUCUGGACCAACGCUCGACACCUGGCUGGUUAUGAACAACAGGAUGCUCAUGAGUUUCUGAUCGCAGCGCUUGAUGUGCUGCAUCGUCACUGUAAAGGUUACUCAGAUAAUAAGUGUUUAUCCAUCAACAAGUUCUUCACAGGGAGAAACGGAAUGGCUUCAGGGAAUCCACAUCACUGUAACUGCAUCAUCGACCAAAUCUUUACUGGUGGUUUACAGUCGGAUGUUACAUGUCAGCAGUGCAAUAAUGUGUCAACCACAAUAGAUCCAAUAUGGGACAUUUCUCUUGACCUGGGACCAGGUGCCAUACCAAAUGCUCUCUUAAAUGUUAAUAACUCCAGCUCCUCACCAAGUUCAGGUUUUACAAAUAGUCCAGGAACUUAUGAACCUACCUCAUUAUUAGACUGCUUAAAACGAUUUACAAAGCCUGAGCACUUAGGCAGUUCAGCUAAAAUCAAGUGCAGUACUUGUCACAGUUACCAGGAGUCCACCAAACAGCUGACCAUGAAGAAGCUACCAAUAGUGGCCUGUUUUCAUCUCAAGAGAUUUGAGCACUUAACAGGCCUCCACAAGAAGAUCUCAACUUUUGUAUCAUUCCCAGAGGAGUUGGACAUGACUCCGUUUAUGUCCUCCUCCCGCAAUAACAACAAUGGCUACAGGAAUCAAAUUGUACAGGAAUCUGCCAAAGGUCUUUCAUGUGAUAACAAAUAUUCAUUGUUUGCUGUUGUGAACCAUAUGGGUACGAUAGAAUGCGGACACUACACCUGUUUUAUCCGACAACACAAGGACCAGUGGUUCAAGUGUGAUGACCACCUCAUCACUAAAGCAACACUUAAUGACGUGCUUAAAAGUGAAGGGUACCUACUGUUUUAUCACAAGCAGAUUUUGGAAUACCAGUGAUGGAAGAGGAUCAUGGGAAGCUGUUAUUAUCUGAGGGUUUCCACAACUUGUCUUUCUUGUAGGAUUCAAAGUAUUAAUAGAUUAGUCUUUAUAUUUUAGUACAUUUAUACAUGUAUCUACUAAUGUUCUAUAGCAGUUCAGUUGCUAGUCAUAUAUAGUUCAAUGAAAUAGACAUGAACAGCUGAUUAUUGAAUUAGACAUAAUAAUUUGACAACAGAUCUGGAAUAAUUGUACGGUUGUGCUUGGCAUGACUUGGGUGAUAUUUUGGAUUUAUAUAGGUUAAUUGUUAUGCCUCAAUCAGUUUUUGCUCAGUUUAUAUUUGAUCUCACUGACAGAGACAGGACAAGAUUUCACCAACUUUUUUUUUCAUAGUGCUUGAUAUGUUGAACAUUCAUUUGUGCCCUCAGUUCACAGAUACAUGUACAUAGUUGCAUGAAAUAAGCAUCUUACAGUAUUUAUUUUUCAUGUUUGUUGUCAAAUCUUGUUAGGAAAAAAAAUUUCCAAGAUUGUAGAAGCAUCAUAAAAACAACUUCUCUGUUUGAAAUUCUUGAUAUCAACAAUUUCUGUUAUACAAAACAUUUUCUUUAAACCAUCAAGCAAGCAUAUAGGCACAAAAAUGCACUAAUGUUUUUGUCUCUGUUUUUUGGCCCACUUGGAUUCAGCAUUUCACUAAUUCCUUAAUAGUGGAAAUAUAUUUUGAUAGAUGUCAUUUUGUACUGAUUUCCUUGACCAGAAUAAUGUUGUCCAUUUGUGUAACAAUUUAUAGAGAAAAAAUAUGGUGCAGAUAAAAGUGUUCUACAGAAAAAAAAUUCAAGUUGGUACUUUAAUGUUGUGUACAUAGUGAUGUGCAUUCAUUGCAUGUGUAUAUAAUGUUUUCCCAGUGGUAUGUGAUUGAGUGUAGUCAAAGUGUUAUAAAGUGGAAAAUUGAAUGAAUGUGAAUGCAUGAGUCAGUGGAAGAAAAUACAUGUUUUUACAUGUAUUUUUGUACAGAAAGGUGUGUUUUGCUUUGUUUUUUUUUUCUUGCCAAAAAUAUAUUCCAAAUCUUGAGCCUUUUUGAUCUUCAUUGUAAAUGAUUUUUGACAACCUUUUUUUUCUCCAUUUUGAAAGUGCUGCAAAAAGCAUUGAUUGCUGUAAAUGUGUAUUCAAAAUAUGAGUGUUUUGUGAUAUGAAUUGGAAUCCUUCAAUGUAUUAAUGUGAAUAGGAAUUUGUGUAUAGAGUGAUUGUAAUAUAUUACUAAUGUAUUUAUUUAUUGAGGAGAUUGUCAUGAAUAGAAAUUAUGACUACAGACAUUUUUU